AUGUGUGAAUUAGAGAUCAUAAUGCUAAAUGGGCUAAUGCCAUGGGGAAACCAUCAAGUACUUCCAUUCGGACCCGUAAGAGAACCUUUGACAUCACUUAGACGUGCUAAUGUUGCUGUAGUCCAUCACUCAGCCCUGGUAUCAGAACAAAAGGAAAUAUCAAUGCAAAUAUACCUGAGUGAUGUACACAAUGUUGUUGCGCUGUGCAUUUCUGCAAUUGCUUCUGCAAAUUCUUUCGUAAAAGGGAUGGAGAAGGUCGGGGCUUUUUUUGUUGAUCGACUAGACUUCAGUGACCAUCACUUUCUUCAAGCCCAAGUAUUGUCAUGUUACUCUUUCUACCUUGAUUUGCAUUAA